GUAAGGAAGGUAAACAAUUACCAUACGCAUAGUCUGGUGAAUGAAAUUUGAAAAAUCAUCAUGGAUGAUCCAAAUAAAAAGUGGUAUGAACGGUUAAAUUUAAGUUUACAAGAUGAAGAUAAUCGCAUGGAUGCAUUAAUAGAAAUUAAAAAUCAUUUAUCAAGUCGUAACAGUGAAGAUUCUGGACAGUUACAAUUACCACUAUUAUUUGACUGUUUAAAUAAUGCCAAUCCGGAUCAAGUCGAUUUAGCAUGUGAAGUUCUUACAAUUUGUAUGUCAAAUUUAUCAGUUGGUGAAACAACAGAAAGGUACACCGAUUCACUGAUUCGUUCAUUAAACCACCCUAGUGCAAAUGUACGGUUAAUGGCUUUAAAGGAGAUUGAACGAUGUACAUCGGAUGACACACAAAUCAAAGCGUUAUGCGAUUGUGCUCCUAUAGUACUUGGAUUAUUUGAUUGUGUAGCUGACGAUAAAUUAUUGGUUGCAAACAAAGCCGUUGAAAUAUUAUCAAAAAUUGGAAGAGAUGAAAUGGGAUUGACUAAACUUUUACAAAAGACAUAUUUUGACAAAAUUUCUGCCGGCAUUCAGGGUCCAGAUAUUAUACGUUUUCGAAUUUAUUCGAUUGUUGUCCAAAUUGCAUGCUCCAGUGUGUCUGGCUUACAAGCGAUGAUAAGCCAUAAUUGUAUUGGAUAUCUAGUAAAAGAAUUACAAGGGAAUGAUAUUCUUUUACAAUUGAAUGCGCUAGAAUUAUUAUCUGAUCUUGCAGCCGUUCCACAUGGUCGAACGUAUAUUGAGAACCAACAAUUACUGCAAAAUUUGUCACCUUAUUUGGAAAGAGGAACUGAUGAUUUAAAUGUAUCACUGUUAUUGCCAGGAUUAAUAAAAUUUUUCGGAAAUAUUGCAUACUGGGAUCCUGUAACUCUAUUUUCAACGUAUCCAACAUUUCCAAUUGCACUUUUACGAAUUGAAAAUUUUCAAGAUCAAACAUUAUUUGCAAUUACAACGGAUACAAUUGGUCUAAUAGGCUCUACAAAUAAAGGAAAAAUUGUACUUAAUGAAUAUGAUGUUAAAAUCCAUGAAAUAUUAGAAUUUUUAAGCAGAUUUAUAAUUAACUUACCAAGUGAACGGCAAGUACGAAUUUUAAACUGUUUUGAAAAUUUAAUACGCGUUCAAUUUGAUUCUGAUGAAAAAAUCUCAGAUGCCUUAACACUUACCCAAAAAUGGUAUCAUUAUAUUGGUGACAAUCCAACUGCCUUAUUUUUAAAAUAUUCAAAAAUACCAUUUCCUGAAUUACGCUUAGCAAGUUUAAGCUGUUUUGAAGCGAUAUCGGAACAACAAUGGGGUCAAGAUGUAAUAUUAAAAACAGCUGGUUUGCCAGAAUUCUUAUUGGAUCGAUCCGAGGAGAAUACGAAAGACACAAAAGAUGUAAAAUAUUUAAUUAUUAAAAAUUUAUUUGCAUCGGAAAGUCGCUUUUUGACAAACUUCCAUAAGAACUUGUUCGAGCAAUUCAUUAAAGACGGUCCAUAUUAUUCAAGUAUGCAAAUAGAAGUGGCCAUUGAAGGAAAUGCACCGAAUUAAAAAAUUUUGUGCUUUUUGAUAUUUAUUUAUACUUUUUGUUAUGGAAAUAAUAAAUUUUAAAUUUUACAUAUAUUGCUUUUUAUUUAUUUAACUUGAUUUUAUUAAAUUUGUAGCAAUGCUUCCUUAAUUCCAAAACCAUCGACAUAUUUAGUAACGCAAUGUUGCUUCCAUUUAAUCCUCCCUUCAUUUCAUGUAAACAUAGACUGCUUUCUGCAAAAGAUUUAUACUAAGCGCUACUAAGAUAAAUGUAGACCGCUCAAUUUCUGUUUCUGUCACUAUUAAUACUCUUCUGGGAUAAUUACAAAUUCCGCAGCGUCUUAACACGUCUAAAAUUAUUAAAACCAAAAAUAACUUGUAACAUCAUAAUAAUUAAUAAUUACCCUGUUGUGCCUUACCUAGUUAGUUCAUAGAAUAUUAGAAUAUUAAUGCUAGCCUGUAAGUGGAUGCGAUAUGAUGAAUUUCCCUUUGUCCUUGUCAUAUGUGCAUUUAUACUUAAUAUCAUAUUUACAUUUAUAAUUAUUAUAUGUAUGAGUAAGUAUAAGUAUAUGUAUUAGACAAGGAUACAGGGGAACUUACUGACAGUAUUUUCUCUCGCUUCGCAUAUUGCAUCCACUUAGUAGUAUUCAUAAGAAAGU